CCAAACGUGGUUCUUGCAGAAGUCAGUAAUGCGUUAUUAUCUGCACAACUCGCUUCCGCAACGUAUUUUAUUCAUAUAAAUCGUUUAUACAAGGCGCAUGACGAUGGAAGCCAUUUCAGAUACGCAAUAAAUGUCACUUGGGCCGUGGCUGAUUAUACGCAGAAAUGGUUUGACCGGCGGGUCGCGCACACAGUUCCAUUGGCGUUUACGGCACUUGGAUUUCUGCUUCACUUUCUAGUCGUUUGUUUAGGGCUUAGCAUCCAGCUCAAAACGCUCUCACGUGUAACAGCGUUGUUGGCUUUUGCUAUGUCAAGCCAAAUUUAUAUAAUCAGUGGCAUUGCAUCUAAUGAGCUCUUUCCAACGCCGAUACGCAGCAUAUGCUUUGCAUUUUUACAAGUGGUCAGCCGCAUGGGUGUUGUUUUUGCUCCGCAGCUGUUUUUACUGGUAAGCAAGCCAAAGCAUUUUGCCAACAUACCUAUUAGGGACCAUCACGAUCAUGCCUUCUUGCGACGAAUUGUUUAGAA